AGUGUCCCCUGUGUAUGGAAUAGUGUCCCUGUGCCUAUAACACAGGUUGAUGUGCAACACCGCAAGUCCCCAAAUGAUCCAUCAUGACCUCCCCAGAUUCAGCUGCUGUUCUUGAUGCUGGCACCUGGUGCUGCCAUCUCCAGGCUGAGUCCUGCAAAUCUUGCACAAGGUUUUGGAGAAGGAGAUUGGCGUCAACCUUGUCCUGGAUGUGAAUUCUGAGGGGUGCUGUUCUCUGAAACUGGGUUGCCCACUGUGGAUGUGCAGCAUGGAGGGUCCUGGUUCCAGGCCUGUGGUCAGUCUCAAAUCUCCUGCAAGAAUGUCAAGGGGAAACUAGUGGAGGUAGGCAAAUGGCCAUGGCAGGUGAGUAUCCUAUUCCUGGGCAUGAACAUUUGCAGCGGCUCCCUCAUCCACCACCAGUGGGUCGUUACAGCUGCACACUGCUUAGAGAGGUCAGUCGGGGUGGCCAGCUGGUCUCAGGGGCUUUCCUUUCUGGCCUGGGAGGCCCUGUUGAAUCUGGGGAUGUGGGAGUAGGGGCCUGGUUGCAUAGCCCUGUGCUCAGCCUGAGUCUCUCCAAGACUCCACAUUUGACCUCAUUGCUGGUGAUCUGCCUCCUACCCAUGGCCCUGCAGAUCCAAGGACCCCAGAUCAUAUUCUGUGAAGAUGGGAAUUCAACAGCUCUCAGAAAAUGGCACUGAGCUCUCGGUCACUCGCGUCAGGAUUCAUGAGGAUUUCAUCAACCUCAUAUCCCAGGACAUUGCCCUCCUGAAGCUCAAGGACCCCAUCUCCUGGUCCCCCCUCAUCCAGCCUGUCUGUCUACCUAGCCCUAAACUCAAGCCAUCUCUUGGAUCCAUGUGCUGGGUGAUUGGGUGGGGACAAACUGAUACUCAAGUGACCUCAAAACCCUCCUACAGGCUUCAGGAGGUGGCUGUCAGGAUUGUAAACAAUAAGAUCUGCAAUGAACAGUACAAGUUCCUCUUCUUGAAGGACCAGAAGAAGCUUAUUGGGAGUGACAUGAUAUGUGCCAGCGCACAGUGGGGCACAGAUACCUGUCAGAGUAACUCUGGUGGUUCCCUUGUCUGCCAAGUGAACAAGACCUGGAUUCAAAUGGGGGUGAUGAGCUGGAGCUUUAUCUGCAGACAGCGCCGCUUACCAGGCAUCUACACCAGCAUCUCCCACUUCACUGACUGGAUCAAGAGGCAGGUCAAUGACGUGCGGUUCGUCAGUGGGGCCAGACCUGCCUUCCUGAGCCCAGUCUUUCUCACUGGCUACAUUCUGCUGGUCUCCUUGGGCUCCCUGUGGCUCCUGUGAGUGAUCUUUCCAGGGUAGUCCCUUCUGGAGGCUGCUGCUUCCUCCCCUCUGUCUGUCCUGAGGAGACAUGGAGACUGGAGGAGCAGAGGACCUCAGAGCAGAGUACCCUGGGGGAGGGCCCUAGAGCCACUGUUUUUUCAAUUGUUCAAUGAAGAUGUUCUUGAAUUUUGCGUCACUGAAGUCAUCAUUUGUUCUUGACUUUGGCCAGACCCUUCAAAGCUUCCCCACCCCCAAGAGGCCUAGCUCUCCUCUCAAGGGGCGUCUCCCCAGUAGUCUUCCUUGUACUUGGGCUCAUUGUGUUCCCCUGUGUGAGCUACUGUUUCCUCUUCUGCCAAUUAUGGAGCUGGACUCUG